UCUCCGUUCGUCGCCGUGUCGACUCGUCGUCUUCAUCCACCUCUCUUCCCUUGCUCCAUCUCCAUCACGCGCCCGGAGCCCCUCGGGAUCUCGCCUCGAGGAGCCGCCGGCGGCGGCUGCGCGCGCGGUCGGUCGGUCCCUCGUGGACGAGGCGCGGGAGAGAUCUCGGCCGGCGGGGCGGAAGCGGGGAGGCUCGGCCCUGGCCGAUGGGCGGGGCGGUCUCCGGCAGCGCGGCGGUCGGGGAUGCGGCGGGGGCGGCGACGUACCCGGUGAUGCUCAACGUGUACGACCUGACGCCGAUCAACAACUACCUCCACUGGUGCGGACUCGGGAUCUUCCACUCCGCCGUCGAAGUCCAUGGAUCGGAGUACAGUUUUGGAGCACAUGAUUACCCAUCAAGUGGGGUCUUUGAGGUGGAACCGAAGAACUGCCCAGGAUUCAUAUACCGAUGUACAAUUUUCAUUGGCCGCACAAGUCUGAGUCCCAUGGAAUUUCGAGAAUUCAUUCAGAGGAUGGCCUCAGAAUAUCAUGGAGAUACUUACCACCUCAUUUCCAAGAACUGUAACCACUUCACAGAUGAUCUUAGCACCAGAUUGACAGGAAAACCAAUUCCUGGUUGGGUCAAUCGACUUGCAAGGCUAGGGGCUUUUUGCAAUUGCCUUCUACCAGAAAGCAUGCGGCUUGAGUCAACUGAGACAAAGAAUAUCGCAGACUGUCGUUUCUCAGAUGGUUCCCACACAACCAGCAACGAUAACUUCGAUGAAGAUGACUUGGAAGACAAACACCUGCUUCCAACAUCUUCUGCUGGUGAAGAUGCAAUUGUAAAAGAAGUCCACAGAUGAAUGUCUGCUGGAACCCUGCAGUGAGUUCUGUAUUCUGAAAUGUAAUGGGUUUCGUCACUUGAUGUGCAGCUUCUCAGUCAUUAUUGUACAUUGUAAUUUCUGUGUUCUAAAAAAUGUAAUGGGCUCUUUCAGUUCUGUUCUGAAAUUUUGUAUACAUUCAGUGACUUGUCCAUAUCCAUGAUUGAGUUCAUUCAUUCCACCUGCACAGCGUGUAAA